GGAGGAUUCACCGAGGCAUCAUCAGAGCUAUAAAAGCAUCCAGCCGUCAGCCUAAGUCACAUCCUUUCCUUUCUGGCUCAUAACACACACACUCUCUGUCGUUCUUUCCUCUCUAUUCCUUGCUUUCUUUUGUUCAAUUCAGUCAUUCUUUUUACACACCAGACCCAACUUCCAGGAUGAAGUACGCUGCUGUUCUCACCGCCGUUGCGGCUCUCGCCCAGCAGGCUCUUGCUGUCGGUGUUUCCGGCACCCCCGUUGGCUUCGCCGCCUCCGCUACCGGCGGUGGUUCUGCCACUCCCGUCUACCCCUCCACCACCGAUGAGCUGGUCUCGUAUCUCGGUGACGACGAGGCUCGUGUCAUUGUCCUGAGCAAGACUUUUGACUUCACUGACACUGAGGGAACCACUACUGCCACGGGAUGUGCACCUUGGGGAACUGCGUCAGGGUGUCAGGUGGCUAUCAACAAGGAUGACUGGUGCACGAACUACGAGUCCUCUGCUCCCUCCGUCUCGGUGACCUACGAUAACGCCGGUUCCCUCGGUAUCACUGUCGGAUCCAACAAGUCCCUGAUCGGCGAGGGCACCUCCGGUGUCAUCAAGGGCAAGGGUCUCCGCAUGGUUAGCGGUGUCUCCAACAUUAUCAUCCAGAACAUCGCUGUCACUGAUAUCAACGCCAAGUACGUCUGGGGUGGUGAUGCCAUCACCCUUGACGACGCGGACCUUGUCUGGAUUGAUCACGUUACCACUGCUCGCAUUGGUCGUCAGCACUACGUUCUCGGCACCUCCGCCGACAACCGCGUCUCCAUCACCAACAACUACAUCGACGGUGAAUCCGACUACUCCGCAACGUGCGAUAACCAUCACUACUGGAAUGUCUAUCUCGAUGGCUCCAGCGACAAGGUCACCUUUGCCGGCAACUACCUGUACAAGACCAGCGGCCGUGCCCCCAAGGUUCAGGACAACACCUACCUCCACAUCUACAACAACUACUGGAACGACAACUCCGGCCACGCCUUCGAGAUCGGCUCCGGCGGCUACGUCCUUGCCGAGGGUAACUACUUCGAGGAUGUGGACACCGUUCUCGAGUCCAGCUCCUUCGAGGGUGCCCUCUUCUCCUCCGACAGUGCCUCCUCCACCUGCUCCUCCUACAUCGGCCGCUCCUGCGUCGCCAACUCCAACGGCGGUGACCUCACUGGCACCUCCACCACUGCGCUCGAUGCAUUCAACGGCGACUCUCUCCCUACCCCCACCGCUGCUGGCACCGGCCCUGCCUCCAGCGCCGGUCAGGGUAACCUGUAAACGGUUACAACCGCUCCGAGGGCUUUUUGGAGGGGUUCGCGUUCUUAGGAAGCGAAUCCGAUGGUAUCUGCUGGUUCAAAGCAGAAGUGUGUUGAGUUAACUUCUAUCUUAGCCUAAUAGAUAAUAUAAUUCUGAG